AUGAUUUUGAAGAACUACUUAUUCUUUCAAGACCAACUACUUACAACAAAAACUUUCUGCCUAGUGAUUCUUCUAUUUGUUUUAAUAACAUUACCUUUGCUGGUAUUGCUGAGAAGAAAGAAUGGUGGAAGAGAUCAAGGAGGUUGGAGAUUACCUCCAGGUCCUAAUAGGCUUCCUCUCAUUGGAAACCUACACCAGCUGGGCGACAUGACAUCUCAAUCACUUCAGAAGAUUUCUAAUAAAUAUGGACCUUUGAUGUUUAUCCAAAUAGGCUCAGUUCCUUCUUUGGUGAUCUCAUCUACAGAUGUAACAAAAGAAGUCUUCAGAGAUCAUGAUAUCGUGUUUUCUGGUAGACCUGCUUUGUAUGCUGCCAACAAGCUGUUAUAUGGGUGCACUGAUAUAACAUUUGCUCCUUAUGGUGAGUACUGGAAAGAAAUUAGAAAGAUUUCAACAACACAACUGUUGAGUCCAGAAAGAGUUGCAUCGUUUCGAGCUGUUAGGGAAGAGGAAGUGUCUAUUUUCAUUGAUCUCAUCCGCAAAGCUUCUACUUCUAUGGUUCCCAUUAAUCUAACUGAGAUGUCAUUGUCUAUCAUAAACGAUGUUAUCUGUCGAACUGCUUUUGGUAAAAAAUUCGUACAUGGAGGUAAGCUUCGUCAAAUUCUUCAAGUAACUCAAGCCAUGGUUGCUGGAGCCAGGACUGCAGAUAUGUUCCCAUGGAUGAGUUAG